AAGAAAAGGGGGGCAAAAAAAAAAGACAAAAUUCCACAUAAACCCUAACCUAAUCAGAGCAGCAAAAUACAGCAAUUUCCCGGACAAUUUGUAUUCCGAUUCUUCUGAAAUCGCUGCAUAGUUCUCUUGAUUCCAAUUUUCCCGCCACUUAUUCUCUACCCAAUCGCCGCCGUAGAUGACGACUCUAUCGGAGCUCAACGACGACGUCGUUCGUAGCAUGUCAGUCGGUGCUGUCUUCUCAGAUUUCGGAGGGAAAAUUAAUUCGAUCGAUUUCCAUCGGACUGCUGAUUUGUUAGUGACGUCGUGUGACGACGAUUCAGUCCGAUUCUAUGACAUUUCGAGUGCUAAAUUGCUGAAAACGACUUAUCAUAAGAAACAUGGGGCUGAUCGGAUAUGCUUUACGCACCACCCGAGCUCGGUUAUAUGCUCUUCAAAACACAAUUUGGAUAACCAUGAAGAAUCUUUGAGGUAUCUGUCUGUGUACGACAAUAGGUGCCUUCGAUACUUUAAGGGGCACAAAGAGAGGGUAGUGUCUCUGUGCAUGUCUCCAGUUAAUGAUGGCUUCAUGUCUGGUUCUUUGGAUCACAGUGUGCGCAUGUGGGAUCUUCGUGUGAAUGCCUGUCAGGGAAUUUUACAUCUACGAGGUAGACCUACUGUUGCUUACGAUCAACAAGGACUGGUCUUUGCAGUCGCAAUGGAAGGAGGUGCCAUCAAAUUAUUCGAUUCCAGAUCAUUUGACAAGGGUCCGUUUGACACUUUUCUAGUUGGUGGUGAUACAGCUGAGGUGUGUGAUAUUAAAUUCAGUAAUGACGGUAAAUCGAUGCUCUUGACAACAACAAACAACCAUGUUUAUCUCCUUGAUGCUUAUCAUGGAGAAAAGAAGUGUGGAUUUAGCAUGGAUACGUCACCAAAUGCAACCAUAGAGGCGACUUUCACCCCCGAUGGCAAAUAUGUGCUCUCUGGUUCAGGGGAUGGAAAUAUACAUGCAUGGAACAUCAGUGAUGAACCAAAUAAGAUUGCGUCGUUGGAUAGCUACAUAGGAGUUACGUCGUGCCUGAAAUGGGCUCCUCGCAGAGUUAUGUUUGCUGCCGCUUCCUCUUCCGUCCUCACCUUCUGGAUUCCUAACGACGCUCCUCCGACAAUUUAAAUUAUAAACAAAUGAUAGCUGAAACAAAUUGAAUCGAGACGAUAGGCGUGGUGGAGAUUGAAAUCAAACCAAUCUGCACGAUUCACGGUUAUAGAAGCUUGUUCGAACUCGGUUUGUUAAUCCAACGAACCAAAUUUGAACACAACUCCUCAAACUCGAGUGGGAAAAAUGAUAAAGUACGAAACAUUAAUCUGUUUGUGUUCGUGUUGAUUAUCAGUUGAACUGGACUUCUACACAUGGUUAUUAACACUAUUAACACUGGGUGGAUUUGAAUCGUCACAUAAUCACACAUACCCAUAUAUGUGUGCUUGCUUA